AUGAAGUUCAUUGCUGCUGCCACCCUUUUCCUUGCCUCGGCUCUGGCCGCGCCCAUUGCUGGCAAGGACGGGUACAAGGACUUCGGCAAUUACGAUGGCUACAAGAACAGCUACGGCGGCGACUAUGGCUACGGCGGCGACUACAAGGUCGGCGGCUAUGGCAACGACCACUACAAGAGGGGCGAUUACAACGACUACGGCCAUGAUGAUCACUACAGGAACGGCUAUGGUGGCGACUAUGGCUAUGGCGGCGACUACAAGGUCGGCUAUGGCGGCGGUAACUACAAGAGGGGCGGUGACAACUAUGGCGGCGACUACAACAACGGCUACGGUGGCGACUACAACAACGGCUACGGCGGCGAGUAUGGCUAUGGCCGCGGUUACAACAGGUACGGUUAUGGCGGCGACUACAAGAACGACUACGGCCACGGUCAGUACAAGAGGGGCGGUGACAACUAUGGCGGCGACUACAAUAAUGGCUACGGCGGCGACUACGGCUAUGGCGGCGACUACAACAAGCACGGCUAUGGUGGCGACUACUACAAGAAGCAGUAG